GAUAAUGUUGAGUCUUAAUGAAGAAUGAAGAGUCGACUGACAUCCGGCAGCGCGUCCUUUGUCCUCCCUCCAUCAUCAUUGCCACCGCUUCCCUCUCCGUCUCCCCCUCCCAUCCUCUCCCUUUCUCUGUCUCUCUCUCCCCCUCUUUCUCUCAAUUUUAGGGAAAAGAGUCUCUUCUGGUAGCAGUAGAAAGCCUGGAGUUCACACUUAAGAUGUAGACGCUUUUUUUGACAGCGUAAACCGUCAGAUGUCCAUCGGGGGAAAUAAGGCAUUCAACCUUGGCUGAUUUUUCUACUGGAUGUACUGAGAUAAAAACAAAAUAAUGGAUCUCUCCUUUAUGGCCGCGCAGAUCCCUGUAAUGACGGGUGCCUUCAUGGACUCGGCUAACGAUGACUACAGCACAGACCACUCGCUGUUCAACUCCUCGGCCAGCGUGCACGCCGCCGCCAUCGCGGCCAACAGCCAGCAGGAGGAGCCGCAGCCCAUGUCCAGGGACGCCAUCUGGCUGUGGAUCGCCAUCGUGGCCACCAUCGGGAACAUCGUGGUCGUCGGUGUGGUCUACGCCUGCACCUUCUGAGUCCCGCGCGAGCCUGCGAAUUGUGGGCCUCCUGCUGAGGACUGGAGGAAGGACAUGGCUGCUUCAAACAUUUUCCUACUUCGCUAAUAAAUUUAGCUGCUUUUUUUGAACUGAUUUAAUCCUUUACAUCUUUUUAAAGUUUUAAUUGGAAUUGGUUCAAAGACAAGGGGGAUCCUUUUGACGUUUGAAUUUAACUAGUGAAGAAGGUAGCAUUGGUUCUGUUAUCUGUGUUUGAAUAACAGAAGUUCAAAUAGGAAUAAGUGUGGGGGGGGG